AUGUUACUUGCUGCAACCAACUGACCUUAAGAACUCGAUGAAGCAAUCCUCCGGAGGCUUCCUCAGGCCUUUGAAAUUGGGAUACCUGAUCAAAGAGAGAGGGCUGAGAUCUUGAAGGUUGUUUUGAAAGGGGAGAAAAUCAAAAGCAAAAUUGACUUUGACUGUAUAGCAAUUUUGUGUAAGGGCUACACUGGUUCAGAUCUUCUUGAACCUUGCAAGAAAGUAGCUUAUUUUCCUAUUAGGGACCUAUUGGAUGAGGAGAACAAAGGGGAAAAAUCUAGUGUUCCAAGGCCAUUGUCCCAAUCAGACUUGCAGAGAGUUCAUGGCACACCAACCAAGACUAGGUCAAGCUCUCAUUCACCUGGGUGGCCAAGGCAGUCAGAUGACUAUCAGGUUGAAGCCACAACUAAUGAACUCUCUAAACUCGUAGUAUCUCAAAUCUUGAAUCUUCAGUUGGAUAAUCAGGACCCUUGAAAUAUUCAUCUGUUUUUUUCUUAAUAUGAGGCCAAGAGAAAUUGUAUUUUAAAUUAU